AAGGAGUAGUUUGCAAAAUCCCAACUGUGUUUGCGCUCCACCCGAUUGUCUAGAUCCAAAUUUACAAAAUGUUCCCGGAAGUAGGCCAAAUACAGCCCCUGGAAGCAUGCCAGGCACUGUCCCGAACUAUGCCAGGAACUAUGAUCGGUUCAAGACAAGCUUUACAAAGUAUUCCAGCACAGUGUGUUAACACUGGAGGUGUAUGUGAAUCAUAUUCACCUGCGGGCGCUAGCCUGAAUGCUUCGGGAAAAGUCAAUUACGAAUCACCUGUUGGUCCCGGUGGUAGCAAUGCUGGUUGUAUUGUUGAUCCCACAAAAACGUGCGCCACCGAAUCAUACGUGCCAAGUGCACCAAUUUCCCAGAAUGCAAUGAGUUAUGGUAAACGCGGGUGUCUUGAGGAGGCAAAUAGAUCUUGUAACGCGCUACGACCCUCAGCCCAACAAAAUAUGGUACCACCCCAACAAUCUUAUCCACAAAGUCCGGGCCAAAUGCAAGUACAACAACAAUCGUAUAAUUUACAAGCAAUGUCUAUGCAACCAUCGUAUCAACAACAAAUGCCACCAAUGCAACCAAUGCCCCCGAUGCAACCAAUGCCCCCGAUGCAACCAAUGCAACAAAUGCCACCAAUGCAACCGAUGCAACAAAUGCCCCCAAUGCAACAAACGCCACCAAUGCAACAAAUGCAACAAAUGCAACCAAUGCCACCAAUGCAACAAAUGCAACCAAUGCCACCAAUGCACCCGAUGCAACAAAUGCCACCAAUGCAACCAAUGCAACAAAUGUCCGCUAUGCCUGACCCUAACUUGUAUUGUACAUGCACUGGGGUUAAAUGCGUUAAGUCUGCUUGUGAAAUGAAGAAACGAGCUCUCAUGGGCCAGCAGCUAGCACAACCAUCACCAUAUCAACAACAACAAGCACCACAAUCUCCAUAUCUUGCCGGUAUGGCCCAGCAACCCAUUGUAGCCGGCGGGCAAAUGCAAUAUUCAGCAGUGCCUACUCCUCAAGUCGGAUCAACAAUGGGUCAACCACUUCCAGGACAAGUGCCCGGUCAAAGACCAAAUGUUAUUCCACCAAAUCCCGAGUUAUUGACGAAUGAAGAACUCAAAGGCAUACUCAAGGAGCACCACCUUCCAAAUGCAAGUGUGUGGGGCCUUGCAAUCCACAAUGCGAUCGUAUUAAAGAGCUGAGGAAAGAAAUUAUGGCUUCCGGCAUGAGUGGAACUAAUUCUGUCGUGGGUCAAAUGCACAUCCCAAAGAUUCAGGAACACAGAUUGAUCCUAGACUGAAAUCCAAUUGCACAUGUUCCACUGUUGAAUGCAAGAGACGCGAUCAUAACUAAAAUGGGAAAUGGAAUAAAAAUGGCCGCAUCUAAAGAUGAGUCUGAGGAUAGCUCGUCGAUAUCGAGUAAUCAAAGUGAUUACUCUAGAAUUCUUAAAUGCUUAAAUUACGAAAACGAAACUGUUGCGACUAGUACAACCACAUUGAAAAUUUUCACAAACAACAUGAAUGAUAUAACUGCUCUGCAACCAUAUAUUAAAUUCGAUAUUGUAAAAGCAUUUUUACACCAUUGAGAGAUUUAUACAGCACAACCUAUGGGAAAACCAAUAAUUUCAUGAAACUUUGCUGGUAUCCAACAUCUAUGUUAUCUUUUCAAUUGCCGGCAAAUGAAGUGCUGUGCUAUGUUGUUGAAGACAACAGCACACAACCGAGAAAGAAGUGUUUUGCAAGCGGAAAACAAGCGAUCAAAAAUGCACUUUUCAUAAAAAGUCUGAAGACUUUGACAAACCAUUGCCGCAGACCUCAACUAUUCCCAAAUGUCCAUGCGUAGAUAAUUUGGAAAUACAACCACAACAUUUCUCUAAGAAACUUGCGCCAACAAAGUCAUUGCUUGAACUUGCCAUUCAAACAACGCAGGAAAAGUGUACAGAAAAAGAUGGCAUACUUGCAAUGAUGACUAACGAAUUAGCCAAGCAAUCUAAUGCUGGUAUAUUCGAGACAAUGGUACAGGAAAUUGCUCUAUGUGAUACUGAUGCACCAGAUUACAGUAUACAACUGUUGGAGCAGGAACAUGCUGCAUUGAAUAGCUGCGGAUGUGAUACUGCGGGUAGCGCUGCGAAUGAUUGUUUCUGCAAUGAGUCUUCGGAACCACUGAAAAUUAUCAAAUUGCAAAAACUAACGCCGACUACUUGUCUGGUGAAGUGGAUUCGAGCUGCCAGCCCUGAGGUGACUGCGUAUGAGAUUUAUUUGAAUGGAAACCUGGUUUAUGUGACUUCUGGAGAUAAGGAACACGCCGUGGUUUCAAUUGAUGCCACUUUGGUGGAUAUACAGAUAAAUCUGUUUGCUAGCACCAAGGAGGGCAGAUGUUAUCCGGAGGCGAUUGCAUUAACUUCUUAAACAUUAAUAUUUACCACAUUAUUUUAUUAAAGGAUUAAAAUUUUUACAGCAGA